UAACCAAUCAUGGGAAUAAGCUCCAACCCUUAAGCAUUUGAAGAAGUCAAGAAUAACAAGAAGAAGAAGAGACUCAUGGAAGAGCUUCAAGAUCCUGAACGAGGAGGCGAGAUUCUAACCCUCGAAGUCAAGCAACGCAAAUGGUGGAUCUCAGUUUUCUUCUGCGGUUUCUUGAUCUUCACCGGAGACUCACUCGUCAUGCUUCUCUUGAACUUCUACUACGUCCAAGACAAACGAUCAGAGAGUGAUCAAAACCGACAGUACAGAGGAACAUGGACGCAAGCUCUGCUCCAAAACGCUGCGUUCCCGAUCCUGAUCCCACUCUUCUUCCUAUUCCCUUCACCAAAACAAAAAGCAGAACCAGUCUCUUCUGAUCCUCCUCCCUUUCUUCGUGUUCUCUCCCUAUACGUUUCUCUCGGUGUUCUUGUUUCCGUUCACAGCAAGUUAUACGCGCUGGCGAAACUAUACGUAGGUUGGGGUAUCUUGGUAUCAACGCAGCUGAUACUCACCUCCUUAUUCUUAGCUUUUAUAAACCGUCUCAAGUUCAACAGAUGGAUCAUCGUAUCGAUAACCUUCACUCUUGCAUCCGACUUCUUUGGCUCCCCUGAGUUUUCUGGAGCUCCUGACGAAGAUGAAUCUUAUACUUACGGCAUCAAGGCUUGGCUGAUACUCAUAUUCCCUACUCUCGCCUUCUCCUUGUCUCUUUCCCUAAUGCAGCUCGGGUUCGAGAAAGUUUUGGUGAAGACAAAGAGGUAUGGUGACAAGAAGGUGUUCCGGAUGGUGUUGGAGAUGCAAAUCGUUGUUUCCUUUAUAGCUGCACUCAUUUGCCUUGUGGGUUUGUUUGCGAGUGGUGAGUUUAAGGAGUUAAACGGAGAUAGCGUGAGGUUUAAGAAAGGGGAAGGUUAUUAUGGUCUGAGUUUGGUCGGGCUAGCUAUCUCUUGGCAGGUUUGGGCGGUGGGGCUGUUAGGUCUUGUGCUCUUGGUGUCUGGUGUAUUCGCUGAUGUUGUUCAUAUGUGUGCUUCACCGGUUGUGGCUUUGCUUGUUGUGUUGGCUUUUGAUUUUAAGGAUGAUGAGUUUGGUUGGCAGAGAAGAGGUGCUUUGCUAGGAUCAGUCUUGGCUCUAGCUUCUUACUCUUAUUCACUGUAUAAAACAAAGAAGAAGGAUGUCGAAGAACUCAACAAAAGAGAGCUCAACAAUAGUGAAGCUUAG